AUGUCAAACACAUAUUUAGAACAACAAAAGACUACUGAUACACUUUCUCACCAUGACACAGGUCAUAUAGAAAAUGAUGACCAUUUACAUGACGACAAACAAAAGGAUCCAAUGAGUUUGAAACAUUCUCGUUUCAAUAUCGGUAGAGAUUCAUUCAGAACUCAUCUAAUCGCAGCAGUCGGUGAAUUCUGUGGUACUUUCAUGUUCUUAUGGUGUUCAUACGUCGUAGCUAACGUCGCAAACCAUGACGCUUUAAUGGACGCAUACCCAGAUGGAACUCAUCCUGAACAAUUAUUAAUGAUCGCAUUCGGUUUCGGGUUUUCUGUCAUGUUCUCUGUUUGGUGUUUUGCUGAUGUCUCAGGUGGUGCUUUAAACCCUGCUGUCAGUUUAUCAUUAGUAUUAGCAAGAGCAAUUACUCCACAAAGAUGUAUCGUCCAUUGGCUUUCACAAUGGAUCGCAGGUAUGGCUGCAGGUGGUGCUGCUCAUGCAAUGACUCCAGGUUCUGUCAAAUUCGCAAACACUCUAGGUAACGGUUGUUCAAGAUCAAGAGGUGUUUUCUUGGAAAUGUUCGGUACCGCUAUCCUUUGUUUGACCGUCUUAAUGACCGCUGUAGAAAAACGUGCUAGUAGUUUUAUGGCUGCUUUACCAAUCGGUAUUUCUUUGUUCAUUUCUCAUGCUGCAUUAACUGCUUACACUGGUACUGGUGUUAAUCCAGCAAGAUCCUUUGGGGCUGCUUUGGCUGCAAAAAGUUUCCCUCCAUAUUUUUGGAUUUAUAUCGUCGGUCCAAUCUUGGGGGCAACUUUAGCUUGGUCUGUUUGGCAAUUAUUACAAUGGUUGGAUUAUACUACUUACGUCCAAGCUGAAAAGGAUGGCGUUAAAUCAACUGGUGAAGUCAGAACUGAAGUUUAA